AUGGAUCCCUCAGACCCGGAUAUUCGGGCCAUCGGCCCCAAUGCCAUGGCAAUUGCAGGCCUCGGUACGCUGCCAGCUGAGGUUAUACUGAUGAUCGCGCGCCUCGCCGGCAACUCGAGGGACAUGCUCCGCCUGGCCAAAGUCAACAGACACUGCUACCGCACCAUAGUCCACAAAGCUUGGGAGCACGACGUCAAGGUCACGGGCGAAUGCCGGUGCUUGCUAGGGAACGUCGAGCUCAAUAACAUCGAAGGGGUGGUGCGGGCAGUCCGGAAUUACGGCGCCGGUCCCAGUGUGCUACACACAGUCCCUGAUCUUCCAGAAUUUGAACUACACAAACUUUCUGCAUUGGGCGUGGCCAUUGAGCAUUUUAAUCCCUUGAUGGUCCGGACGCUGCUCGACUUGGGCUGCGGCGUUGACAAACCAUCACAAGGGUUCUACCGCAUUGACGGUCCAUCCGAGGAGCUACCGCCACUGUUGCAGCUUCUCUUGUUCAAUCAUGGAACAUGGAGAUUGAAGACGCACCCACUAGCAGGGAUCCUAGGAUCACCUCGCCGAAAUUAUGACAUCUCGGCUCGCGGUAUUGGCCGGGUGGAUAAAUGGUGCCGUGAAGCACGUCAGCUGGCCAGUGUUUUGUGCGAAAUUCUGCAGAUCCUGGUCGAUCACGGAGCUGAUAUAAACGCAGCGACAACCGGUCUGCCGGCGGCUUUAUGUUCUUGCUCUCCGAUGAGCGUAGCAAUAAUGAGCGGCAUGCCCGCAGAGGUUAUUUCACUGCUCCUCAGCCUAAGUGCCAGUCCCAUUCCACAUCCUCCCCCACGACGCAUAUUUGAUACAAACGUGCUUCUCUUCUACGCCUGCAUCUGGGAUAGCAUCGAUCAUAACCAAAGACUCACGGAGCCAGUGACGACAACUUUGCUCAAACUUGAGGACCCUCGUCCGAGGGCUCAUGGACCAAAGUGGGUUUAUUUCAAUCGAUUGAUCGGAUGGAUAAAACAGAGCCCUCAAACCGGACUGGUGCGUCGGUCAGUCUACCGGUUUGGCACAACCGAUCAUGAGCAACGAACACUCUUCACCAGGAUUAUCGACCGUGAAGUUGCAAAAAUGGCCAAUGUCCAACGUGAGAACCAGCUGAGUCUAUUGCCGGCGACACAACAGCGUACCCACCACAGAUCGUUGACACUGCUAGGGGCUUGGGUGGAAGCCGUCCGUAUGAGACCGACGAUGGUCAAUGAGGCCAAGGCUUACAUUUCGAUUCUGGUUGAUCAAAAGGGUGUGGACCCUAAUGGGCCUUGCUUGAGCCUCAGCAGUUUUUCACCACUGCAUUGGAUCUGUGGAUGGAAUCUUUGUCGCAGCUUCACAUCUCAGAGGUCGUCGCUCUUGAAGUUCUUCAUCGGGCUCCCCGGUAUUGAUCUGGAACGUACCAACUAUUUCAAACGGACACCACUGCAUGUUGCUUGCGAAGGAGAGAUUGUCUACGAGGAAACUGUUGACAUGUUGCUCGAGGCAGGGGCAAACCCGAUGGCAGAAGAUGCGCAGGGCCAGACGCCACUUAACUUCCUCCAGGAAAAUGCAUGGCUUUUAAGCCAGGAGUUUAUGGAGUAUAUCCAAAAUGAGGAUUUCGACACAUUCGACGACAUGUUGGAGUAUGGGUGGACAUCGGAACUAUUUGGGUUACUCACCUUGGAAGCCACGGUGAGAGAGAGAUUGCAACAGCAGGGGGGCCUCAACUCGAGGCAAGAUGGCAUGCGAGAAGACCAAACUAAAUGAUGCGAGUCUUCGGUACUCAAUCUAGACCAAACAUGCGGCUGAUCUGAUAUGGGAUUGAGGAAUUGACA